GUUGACUGGUUUCCAUGGUAACUCGAGCAGCAUGGCGUUCCUGCGCUGGAGUUGUGAGGAUGUGGCACACUGGAUCGAGUCUGUCGGAUUCCCCCAGUAUAAGGCAUGUUUCACUCAGAAUUAUAUCACGGGCAGAAAACUGAUUCAUGUCAACUGCUUCAACCUGCCACGACUGGGAAUCACUGACUUCCAGCAUAUGAAGCUGAUCUCAGCUCAGGUCAGAGAGCUGCUGGGCGUCUCAGAACCCCGCUGGAACCAGAGCAUCGCGGAGCCCCUUCACGACGACAGGACGGUUUUCCUGCAGCUGAAGAGCAGAACCGGCCAGCAGGCAGAUUCCCUCACACAUGAGCAUCUCCUCAAGAACAAGAGCAAAUAAACCAGACUCAAGAGCUGCUCCUACAGAUUCUGUGUGUGCCUGAGAAGAAACACUUGCAAUAAACAGCUGCUGAACAUUCAAGACCUGAAAACCAGUCUGGCUUCAUUUCUGACA